CCCCAGACAGUCAUCAUCAGAAUUCAAAACCCGCCCACUUACCUCUCUUUCUCUCUCUAAUUUCUUUUCCUCUUUCUCUCUCUAAUUUCUUGAUUCGGAGAAAAGAUAAGGAAAAGUUAUCGGAAUUUGUUGGCUACAUUAGGGAAAAGGGAAGCAUAAGGAUAGAUUCAAUGGCGCCGCCCUUGCUUCUAAUGCUCACACUCUCCGCCCUUUUCCUCAGCCCCACCGUCCGCUCUCAGUCGCCACUCACCACCGCCUACUACCGCAAAACAUGCCCGCAGUUUGAGCAGAUCGUGCAGGACACCACCAUUAACAAGCAGAUCGCCUCCCCCACCACCGCCGGCGCCGCCCUCCGCUUGUUUUUCCACGACUGCUUCGUCGGAGGCUGCGACGCCUCCGUCCUAGUCACCUCCACCCGCUUCAACAAAGCCGAGCGCGACGCCGACAUUAACCUCUCCCUCCCAGGAGACGGCUUCGACGUGGUUGUGCGAGCCAAGACCGCACUCGAGCUCACCUGCCCCGGCGUCGUCUCCUGCGCCGACAUCCUCGCUGUGGCCACCCGCAACCUCGUCGUGAUGAUGGGCGGCCCGUAUUACACCGUUAAGCUUGGCCGGAAAGACUCGUUAUCCUCCCGGGCGGCGGACGUCGAAGGUAACCUCCCCCGGCCGACAAUGUCGAUGGAUCAAAUCAUCCAAAUCUUCAAAUCUAAAGGAUUUUCCGAGGAAGAAAUGGUGGCUUUAUCGGGCGCCCAUACCAUCGGCUUCUCACACUGCACAGAGUUCAGCUCCAUCUUAUACAACUACAGCAAGACAUCCGAAUCCGACCCAGCCUACUACUCUGAAUUCGCCAAGUCGCUGAGAAGCGCUUGCGCAGAUUACCAGAAAAACCCAACAUUAUCGGUGUUCAACGACGUAAUGACUCCGAACAAAUUCGACAACAUGUAUUACAGCAACGUGCAAAAGGGGUUGGGGCUGUUGUCGUCGGACCACGGGUUGAGCUUGGAUCCGAGAACCAGGGGUUUCGUGGAGCUUUAUGCCAAGGAUCAAAAGGCAUUUUUCGGGGCAUUUGCGAGGGCGAUGGAGAAGCUGAGUGAGUAUGGAAUUAAGAGAGGGAAAGCGGGAGAGAUCAGACGCAGAUGCGAUGCCUUCAACAAUUGAAUACUACAUUAAUUUCUUGUUUUCUGGACUAAUUUCUUUGAAUCAUUUUGUUUUUUGUGUGUCUUACAUUACAUUUAAUGUGUAUGUAAUAGAAAGUAUGGAGGAAUUUAAGAAUUAUAUUGAGGUUAAUUUUGUGUACAUUGAUGUUGAAUUCGGAAAUGGGGAUGGGAUAAAUUGGAGUGAUUGAUUGAGUACUGUGGAA